ACUUCAGUGAGAUUUAAGACAUCGUUUUGUUAGGUUGUGCCAUAUUCUUUGAGCGGUUAGAAAAAUUAAGUAACUUUACGUAUUUUGUUCAUAGAGAUGUUGAAAACGCAUUCACUUGCAACUUGUUUGUUGAUUCUUAUACGUCUGGGAUCAGGUGGAAAUGUUGGUUUUAAAAUAGAAUCUGUCAAAUUAGAGCUAUUUGAUGAUAAAUUUCGUGUGUCAAUACCUGAUGAUCCCGACAUCAAAUGGGUAGCUUUUAACAUAAAUAUAAACAAAGAGUUUCGUUCGUUUGAAGAUGGUCAACUAUCUGGUUUAGUAGCAAUACCCAGAGCUCGAAUGUGGUCGUUUGAAUUCGAACGUUCGUUGUCUGAUACUGAUUUGGUGUAUGUUUGGUUGGCCAUACAACACAAUUCAGUUAUAUUUCGCGAUAAGCAAGGGCCAAUUUCAGUUGGUGCUGUUCGUAGAGGUGAUCCUAAUGUUAUAGUUUCUGCAAGCCGCACAAGUACUACAACCACCACUCCUAGUUCCCCUCUUCCAACGGUGGAUUCUAGUAUUAAAACUACAUCAACACAAAGCAGUGGAUGUGUCGCCUCUGUAACUGUUGUGCAAUCAAGACCCAAUAAACCAUGCAAAGGUGAUCUUCUAUUCGAAGAUAAAUUUGAUCAGCUGAAUUCGGAACGUUGGACGAAUGAGGUUUUUUUACCUUUUGAAAGAGGCGAUUUUGAAUUUGUUUUAUAUAAUGGAACAGCUUAUGUUGAUAACAGUGGUGUACUGAAAAUACCCGCAACAUUGUAUGAGGGCAAACCCAAUAGGGGAAGUAUUGAAUUGGGCAACAGAUGUACCAGCUUUAGUGAAAUGUGCCAGCAAACGGCUAAGCCUAACAAUUACUUACCGCCCAUAAUUUCGGGAUGCAUAAGUUCCAAAAGAUCGUUUAAUUUCCAAUAUGGGCGCAUUGAGGUUAAGGCCAAACUACCCAAAGGCGAUUGGUUGGUCCCGCUCAUAGUAUUGGAACCCACUGCGAAGAAAUAUGGAUCUAACACUUACUAUAAAAACGGAGAAAUACGAAUUGCAUUCAGUCGUGGCAAUCAAAAUUUAGAAUUGCAUGGAACAGACAUUGGUGGCAAACGUUUGUUUGGUGGAGUUGUCUUAAAUAAGAGCUCCGAGGCCAGACAUGAUUUUAUGGCAAAUGUCACUUUGAAUGAUGUCAAUGGUUCCAUAGAACAUUUUGGUGACACAUUUCAUUUAUAUUCACUCGUCUGGAAGCCAGAUGGUAUAUUGUUAUCGGUUGAUGACAAUGAAUAUGGUAAAAUUAAAACCGACUUCAAGAAUGUUUUGAAUGAUGUGGAUUGGAGGCAGGGUGCAGAUGAUGCACCCUUAGAUCAAUUGUUCUAUAUAACAUUAGGAUUGUCAGCCGGUGGUCAUGGUGAUUUUCCGGAACAUAUAGAUAAACCUUGGACAAACAGAGCACCGAAAGCAAUAUUACAAUUCAAUAGUAGACGACACGAGUGGAAACCGACUUGGCAACAUCCAUUAUUAGAAGUGGACUAUGUUCGCGUUUAUGCUGUUUAAACUUAUGAUAUUAAAGAAAGCUAUAAUAGUAUUUUUAAGUAAUAAAGCCCCAAGGAGAAGAUAAAA